AUGGAUCCCCCAAGACGUGAGAACUCGUUGCCUGGGCGCCAUCUUGGCGAGUCCUCCUCCGGCACUGCGUCUCCCGCCGACACGCGUCAACAGCCUGCCCAGACCGAGUCUGCCGUAUCUCCUAUUACUUAUGGCGACAAUUUGCCCGAGAAUUUCCAAUCCGCAGAAACAGUUCGCCCCAGAACAGAGGGUUAUGGUUCGAUAAGCGGCCCAGCUGGUUCUUCUGCCCAACAAUCAAAAGAAACUUCUCAAGAGCGCGGCUUAGUUCGCCCUGCCCAAUCCUCACGUCCUUCUCGAGGCCCAGAGCGAAUGCGAUCUGCCACCCGAUUGCGAAAACCCCCGAUGCCUCGACGACCCUCUUCAAAUACCCCCUAUCGCGGCGGAGUUUUCUCCGCCGAUGACGAAGUUCACGAAGUAGAAGCCGAUGCUGCUGUGCGCCAACAGUCCUACCGUCGCAGACCAGGUCUGCCGACCCAACUUUCCCGCGUUCAAUCGAGCCCGGACGACGAAGAUGACAAUGGCCGAAGCGACCAGCCCACCGAGACUCCCACCGACGCCCCGCAGGAGGAUGAGGAAGAGACUCCCCUCGAGGAGCAUGACGAUUCGGACAGCGAUGUCAGUGAGGCAGAGAGCUUCACCCUGAAGGAUAGGCAGCAGGCCAUCAACCAGACUCACCCCUUUGGUAUUCGAGUGUGGAAACCUGCCUUGUACAAGAAGGAUCGUUCGAUUCAAAAAUUCGCCCAAGCAGAUAUUCACUCUGCCCCAGGAGGUCGCGUUAACAACUGGCUUCUUACCUUCAAUCUGCUUUGGACGCUCCUGUUCGGUUGGUGGUUGGCUACGUUGGCAGCUCUUGGUGCCAUCGUAUGCUUGCUGUUUGCUGCUGCCCCUAGCGGGAGAGAGUACGGCAGGGUUCUCUGGGGUCUCGCCGGGUACAUGUUCUAUCCUUUUGGUAAGUUUGUCCGCUUGGAAAAGGAUGAGACCUACAUGCACGAGGACCAAGACGAGGGGCGAAGUAUCUCGGAAUACGAACAAUGGCAAAGCGGCGACAUUGAGCACGGGCGACUAUUCUUUGGACCUGAUAGCGAGCACAAUCGCUCGAUCGUGGGACGGUCGAGAAGAAGUAUUGACUCAGAGCCCAGUGAGACGGAAAGUCUUCUAGGUCGAGGCCGACGUGGUGAGCAUGUCGAUACCGAUAUGUCUCAUCAGCACAAGCGACGACUUUUUGGCCGCGGCGAGUGGAAUGUCGGCCGUGUCAUCUUUUUCGUCUUCUUCUACUGCCUCAUCUCACCCUCGCUUCUGUUCGUUUCUGCCAUCUGCUGGUUCUUGGUCUUCUGGAUCCCCAUGGGCAAGACCACAUUUCUGCUCUUCGACCACCUCCGACGACACCCUCUGGCCUUGUCCUUCGAGAGUGAUAUAAGAUACAUUCGCGAGGAUGGUGGCCCGAGCUCGUCUGUUCUCCUCUGCACGUACCGUGCUGUUGGAUCAAGAUACUGGAAGUAUACCGUUGAUGGAACCAACAUCUUCCUCAUCAACCUCAUGGUAGUUGUGAUCUUUGUGAUCUUUGAUUGGCUUGUGGUUGAGGGUGUUUUCCAUGUCGAGGGCUUCAUUACAUCUCCCGCUUUUCUCUUCUGCGCCGGCCUCCUAUCUAUCAUUCCUCUUGCCUACUUUAUCGGCCAAGCUGUUGCUUCUAUUUCGGCACAGUCGUCGAUGGGUGUGGGCGCUGCCAUUAAUGCCUUUUUCGCGACUGUCGUGGAGGUGUUCCUUUACUGUGUUGCUCUUAGGCAGGGCAAAGGUCAACUCGUCGAAGGCAGUAUCGUGGGCAGUAUUUUCGCCGGUAUCCUGUUCUUGCCUGGAAUUUCCAUGUGCUUUGGUGCCAUCAAACGAAAGACUCAGCGUUUCAAUGCGCGGUCCGCGGGUGUAACAUCCACAAUGCUGCUCUUUGCAAUUGUCGGAGCUUUUGGCCCAACCCUGUUUUACCAGAUUUACGGAACCCACGAGCUCAACUGCAUGGACUGCGAGGACUACAACACCGGCGAGAACGGUAGGGACUGCCGCCGCUGCUACUUCAGCCAGGCUCCAUCGCUCAGCGACAGAUUUUAUCUGGAGGCGGUGCGCCCUUACUGCUACAUGGCAGCGACCACGCUAUUCUUCUCGUACAUGAUUGGUUUGCUGUUCACUCUCCGAACGCAUGCUGCCGUCAUUUGGAACGCCGAGGUUGAUGAGAAGCGACACGAAGACCACAUGCAUUCUUCGAGUAUGCGAACUUCUCAAGUUCACGGCCAUGCCCAUCCCCAUACUCACAACCCAGCAACUGCCGAGACCAGUGGUGCCGAUGUUCGCGACUCUCAACUUUAUAAACGCAUUCUGGGUCAGUCCCUGAAGCAGUCUGGGUUUGGAGAGGAACUUUCCCGCCAAAAUUCUACCACUGGGCAGUCAGUUGGCGCCAACGGCUCAGCGUCUACCCUUCAUGUCGUGCCCCCCAAGUCUAGUGGUGGUGAGCCGUCGCACUCCGCUCUCCAUGUUCCAGGUCUCAGCGAAGCCGACAACAAGAUGCUUGUGCGCGAGGUUGCCGAGAUUGCCGCCACAGCUGCUACCAUUGCCUCUCGUGAACGAAUGACAAGAAAGCUUUCAGCUGUGCCCGCUAAUCACGGAGCAGGCGCUCGUCCUACGCCGAGCCGCCAGCACACCCACAACGAUCUUGCGGAGACUGAGGGUCCUGCUACUGAGGCUCACCAAGCACAUGGUGGCCACGAUGCCCCCAACUGGAGUCGUGCCAAGAGUUCCAUUAUUCUUCUUGGAGCAACUGUUUUAUAUGCGAUCAUUGCCGAAAUCCUUGUUGACACUGUGGAUGUUGUUUUGGAAAGCUUCGCGAUUGAUCAAAAGUUCCUCGGUAUCACCUUGUUCGCUCUUGUGCCCAACACAACUGAAUUUCUGAACGCCAUCUCCUUCGCUAUGAACGGAAAUAUUGCGCUGUCCAUGGAGAUUGGUUCAGCUUAUGCUCUGCAAGUGUGCCUUCUGCAGAUUCCCGCCCUUGUGUUUUACUCGGCCUUCUGGCCUGGUGUGCCUGAAGGUGGCGAUCCGGCGCUUUACACUUUUUCUCUACUAUUCCCUCAAUGGGACCUUGUUAUGACAAUCAUUUGUGUGUUCUUACUGAGCUAUAUGUAUGGUGAAGGAAAGAGUAACUACUUCAAGGGAAGCAUUCUCAUGCUGACCUACCUGGUUGUCAUCACCGGAUACUACUUCAGUGGCUUUACGUCUGAUGCUAUGGGCAUGCAGCGUUUCGAUGUCAUGGGAGCCGAUGGCAACUACCAGAGCUACAAGACGAUUGGAAGAUCGACACGGGGUGUGGCUUUUCCAGCUUAA